AGAGGUGAUGAGCAGUGAGCUGCAGGAGUAUUAGCUCUCGUCCUCCUGAGCAGCAGAUCUCAUUAAAGGAUGAAGCGACCAUUGAGGCACAGUGCGUGUGGAGCCUAAGGUUCCCUCUCAGGCAUUGUGUGUGUGUGUGUGUGUGUGCCUUUCACAGUCCUGCGUCGCUGCUCCUGCUGCGUCGGAUUCUUCACGUGUGUAGACGUCUCUGAUCCCCUGCCAGCCCCCCUCUCACGUUGCUACGACAACCAUGGACUGCGGAUUGCGUCUGCCUCCUGUCAUCGAGGAGGUCAUGGACUCUGCAGAUGAUCUGUGUGAGCUGAAGUCCGAGCGUCCGGGUCUGGGUGAUGGACUGACGGACAAAGAGCGUGAAUCCCUGGACAGUAAUGAAGAGAAGGAGGAGAAGGAGGUGGAAGUGGGGAAUGGAGAGAAAGGCCUUGAAGAGGAGAAGGAGGUGAAAGAGGAGAAAGCGGGAGACGGAGAAAGAGAUGCGAAGAGAGAAGUGGAGGAGGAGGAAGAGCUGGAGGAGCUGAGAGCGCAGGUGGUUCAGCUGCUGCUGGAACUGGAAGAGGCAAGGGAGGUGUCCCAGAGGCAUGAGGAGAGCUACAGCGAGCUGCAGGGGCUUUUGGAGGAUGAGCGUUUAGCCAGUGCCAAUCAGGCCGAGAGCUUCACGAGACAGAUCCAAAGACUUCAAGCCCAGCUGCGCUCUGUGCAAGAGGAGCUAGACAGUCUGGAGGAGGAAAAGGCCAGUGAGCUGUGGGAGGCCCAAGAGGAGCUGCGUGUGGCGCAGGAGGAGGUGCAGGAGCUGCAGCAAGCGGCUGAGGAGGCGGCAGCCGAGCGUGAGAAUGACAUCGCGCUCCUGCAAGAGGAGCUGUGCAGGCUGCGGGCAGAGCUGGAGAGACUUCACAACACCACCCAGGAGUAUGAGUUAGAGCUGACUACACUGCGUGCCGAGAUCAGCAUGAAGAGCCAACGCAGGGAUGACCAGGAACAUGCAGGCACACAGGGAGAAGUGGGACAGCUGAAGGAUAAAUGUCGUUCCUUGAUGGACGAGUGUCAGACUCUGAGAAACGACAACCAGUAUCUUGCUGAGAAACUGCAGCUGCUGGAACAGCAGAGAGACAGAGAAGAACAAGAUGGUAAGAGGGUGGACAAGGAGCAGGCAGUGAAGACCGAAGUCUACAUGAGCAUAUUGGAGAUGGAGCAGAGGAGCCAACAGGUGGAAUCGUGUCUUCAGAAGACCUCGAGUGAUGACAAAGCUAUGAAUCCUGAAAAGAGGAGUGAGGAUCUUUCUGAGGUGUUCAUUCUCCGUGACCAGCUAAAACAGGCUGAGGAGAGAGCUUCCCAGGUCCAGAGAGAUUGUGAGGGGUUAAAAGGAGAGCUUCUGGAGCUGCAAGGACUUUAUGAGAGCAGUCAGAAGGAACGGGCUGAGCUGGAGGUAGAACUACAACGCUGCAGGGCGGAGCUUGAUAGGCUGGCAGGACGGAAGGCACAGAACUCCUGUCCUCCAUCUGAGUCCCCUGUUCUCUCCAUACCCUUCAUAGGAAUGGUUGUAAUAAUGGCGCUGAUAUGGUGCUGCUGGACGGAGCUCUUGUCCUAAACUGGGAAAGGAGGAAGAGGGAGACUGGAACCUCGUUAUGCUGGUUGCCAUGGCAGCAGCAGCUGUUUUGCUUGUACCCAGUUUGACCCGAGCGUUCGGCUGAGUCCUGACAGGAAGUGACCUCGAUCAGGUCAAUCCUAUUCACUUGCCUGCUUAUCUUUUCUGUGGUAAAUAUUCAUGGAUACAGUCACACAUAUACACUACUGCCAUAAUCAAACUCUCUGCGGAAACAGACUGCACAGUUUCAGUGGAGAGAAAAAAAAAACAAGAAAAGCACAAAGAAAAAUAAUCAAUCACAUUCACAUGUGUUGCUUUUGUUUCUUGCUUCUGGCUGCGUGUGCCUCAAGUCCUCUUUCAUCACCCCUGCUUUGGACAGUCUCUGGCUUUAGACGUGCUGCUUUUCAGAUGUACUGUGACAGCAUGUAAUAUGUGAUACUCAGAUUCUUCCAGUCGUAUAUUACUUUUCAAAUACAGUACAGACAAGGUUUUUUUUUUUUAUGAUAUAUUGUUUAGCUAGUUUUACAAUAGAGCAAAAGCAACUAUCUCUUGUAAAGCAUGCAUUAGACAGUUUAACCAGCAACAAUGUUAAAUGUAUAUGUUCUGUACCUAACUGUUGGAUCAGUCAGUUUGUAAAGUUUAAAGUAUUUUUCAUUUCAUUUAAAAGGAGGUAAAACUGUUCAGAUGGUGACAAGUCAUAGAUGAGACUUACAGGAUUAUGAUAUCAAACCUCACCGACAACACAAUCAUAAACUUAUGUAUACAAUAUUUACACUGACAGUAUGAAACACUACUAAAGAACUGCUGUAUAAAUUCUAACACUGGUUAUCAUUACCAUUUUCUGUAGAAUAGAUAUUUUGUAUAUAUGCGUGUUAUUAAUAUGACUUGAUGGAAUGAUGUUAAACAUAACUAACAUAUACAGUAGAAGAGAAAGUUAUUUUUGUAAAAAUCUGAAAUGUAGUGAAUCUAAAAACAUUCCUGGAGUGAUAUUAUCGACCUUACAGAGAGACAUAUUUCAGAGCAAAUAUUCCUCUCAAACAACUAAUACAGUGCAGCUCACAAUCAGUAAGACUUCAUUGUUUUUGGCUCUGUAUACCACUCAUGAGAAUUUAAAUGGAAAACAAAAUUAUAAAGUCCACUUCAGGGGAGCAUAAGCAUUUCCUGCUCAAUUGGAUACUCAUGAAGCAUAGCAUCAUCCUUUCCUGUCCGAAGGAGUUAACAAAAGGUCUAGAACUGGCUCUGGAUAUGAUAUUUUGUAUAUCUGGAGUCUGUUAUUUACCAGCGUGAGAACCAAAGAAAUGUCAAGGAUUGUCAGUAGUUAUAAGGUAAACUUGCAGAAUAAAUGAAUCAGAGACAUGACCACAAGUGUCUCAGAAUCAGAUAUCUGGCAGCAUUAUUUCAGAGACACAAUACAGAACACCAUGAAGAGAAAUGUAGCAUAAAUACAGUAGCUUUUCCUCAUAUAUGCAGCUUCACAAUGGUUCCUAAGAAUUUUUUUUCCAAAGAAGAAGGUAAGCAAAUGAUGCAGUUUCUCUUCAGACAUCUUUUAUCACCUAGAGACUUGCUCAGUGAAUACUACUACUACCAC